UUCUGGGGUUUCGCUCAUGUAUUUUCCCUUGUGGGUUGUUAUGUUCAUGGCUGUCUUCAUGGGUUUGGUUGGUUAUGGCCUCCAAUGGUUUGUCAUUCGUGGAAUCAUCCCUGUGCCCUAUGUCAUGUUCGAGUCCUAGUAAGUCAACUAAUCAGCCAAUCAUAGGGAAAACAAGCACAUCAUUUCAGUGAGGACUCCAUCUACCCCAAAAAACACUUGAAAACUGAGGUGAUGAAUUUUUUCCCUCACGAUCUCUUUUUCGUUUUGUUUUUGUAUUAGCAUGCAGGAAGAAAAACGUCAAAAUAAAAGUUGGGAGUCACUUAAUACUUCAAUCUAGGAUUUUCUUUUAUUUGGAAGUUUCCCGCUGAUGACAAGUUCGACACGGCAUUAUCAUGAUUGGUUCACUCUAGCUGAAAUUAAAUCCUACCCUAGGAAUUUAUAUCAUUGUAUUCACAAAAUGAAAUAAUAAAGUUGUGGACCUAAAAAUAUCAUUUCUGACAAAAUCUAAAUCAAUGUUAAGUAAAGCAUAUUGUAUUAAAUUAACAAUAGAACUAUGCAAGUCGGUGUGACAGAUACAAAAGUAUAUACGAAAAUGGAUAAUGUUAGGGUAAAUCCAUUUUCCCUAAAUCAACUAUUUGUUUUGUUAAACUAAGUUAGAUUUGUUUGUGUUUUUCUUUUGGCUUAAUUGUAAUAAUAAUCUCUGAAUUUUACCUCUAAUUUAAUUUUUAUACUCUCAUAUUAGUUUCUUUAGUACUCAAACUUAACAAUGUGUUGCUUCAUUGGUCAUUUUCACUAACUCCGUCUUUUUUCCGUUAAAUCUAGGGUUUUAUUCAGAAAUUCAACUUAAAACUUCAAAAAACAAUAGAAGAAACUAAAAAAAAAUGAUAAUUUAUAAAUUAAUAUCUAAAACUUGAAACAAAUGAAAUUUAAAUUACAAAAAUACAAAAUAAAAAGGGUUGGAGUUUAGCAACUUGUAGAUAUUAAGCAACACGAUUUCAUAGUUGGUAGGAGAUCAAACUGUGGUUGGACUAAAAUAACUAACAAAUCACAUAUUAAGCUACGAAAAAAUAAUUUAUAUGCAUUCAAUUUUCUUACUCAAAAAAAAAUUUGAUAUUUAAGAUUUUUUUUUUCUCAUUUUUAAAUUCAUUUUUAGUUAUGUGGUAUACAGUUCCAAUAUACGCUUGAAGUUCAUGAGAAAUAGAUGGCAUUAGUGAAAAAGACCAAUGGUACAACACAUUUUAAGUUCAAAGACUAGAAAAACUAAUGAGUUCAGAGACUAAAAUUAAACUAGGGGUAAAAUUCAAAAAUCAUUGCUACAAAUAAGCCUUUUUUCUUUCUAAAGAACCAAUAUUGACUCACAAAGUAUUAGUACACAUGACCUCGAGUGCAUGAAUAAACGCUCUUAACUACGUACGUUGCAAAUCCCUAGCAAAUAAGGUUUAUUUCUUUGAGUAAAUAAGAAAAAUGCUUCAAAGAAUUAAGAAUAAGGCCACAACACAAGUUGGGACAAGUGAUCCUCAUUUCAUUAGGAGCUAGUAAUGAAAAAGCAGCAAAAAACAAUUGAGAUCAAAAUAAAAACCAAAUGAAGAUUGAGGAUCAUAAAACAAUUAACCAGAUGAUUAAUGUUAAGUGUUUUGGCUUGGCAGGUAUAUCUUCUAAGCUUGUUGGCUGGAUGCAGCAUCUGCUGGUUCAACACAGUCUGCUAUGUUCUAUGCAUCAGACACUUCCAAGCCAACCGCGCACUCGCGUUGUCCCUCACAAUCAGUUUCAAUGGGUUAAGUGCAGCCCUCUACACCCUUAUUGCCAACGCGGUAAACCCGAACAGUGAUACCAUCUACCUCUUCCUUAAUGCUCUAGUUCCUCUCUUCCCAUCCGUCGUUGCAUUAAUCCCUGUGCUCCGUCAGCCCCCAGUUCAGUCCCUUCCCGCUGAGGCCACUCGCCGUGACUCCAUGAUUUUUCUUUGCCUAAACAUCUUAGCUGUGGUCACAGGCCUAUAUCUCCUCCUCCUCAACUCACUAUCAUCUGAUGCAUCAAAAGCUCGGAUACUCUUAGUUGGUGCGAUUUGUCUCCUAAUCCUACCUCUGUGUCUGCCUGGAAUGGCAUAUGCGCGUGAGUGGGCUCGUAGGAACUCCCCCUCAAGCUUCCUUUCUGAAAUCUCGUCAACCUUCAAUCUGGUUGACACUGAUGAUCUUGAGCUCCACAAGGAACUCAUUGCUGGAAGUGAAAAUGAUAAUGCCACGAAUGCCACAAAUCCCACCAACACCAGUUCGUAUGGGCUGAUACACAGGGAAGGCUUUUUUGGGUGUUUCGCUUGUUUUGGGAAGGUGAUGGAAAAAGACAGGUUGACAGUGCUAGGUGAAGAGCACUCAGCUAGGCUGCUCGUACGCCGGUGGGAUUUUUGGCUAUACUAUGCUGCAUACUUAUGUGGGGCAACUAUCGGGUUGGUCUACAGCAACAAUCUAGGCCAGAUUUCAGAAUCACUUGGAUACAGUUCCCUGACUAGUUCUCUUGUCACAGUAUAUUCUUCAUGCUCCUUCUUCGGCCGUUUGCUCUCAGCUGCACCAGAUUUCCUGCGUGACAAGGUCUAUUUUGCAAGGACUGGAUGGCUAGUAGUUGCGCUGGUGCCAACACCAAUUGCCUUCUUUCUGCUGGCCGCAUCAGGCAGUGAGGCAAUGCUGCGUACGGGAACAGGCUUAAUUGGGAUAAGCUCCGGCUUUGUGUUUUCUGCAGCUGUGUCAGUCACAUCAGAGAUUUUCGGCCCAAACAGCGCGGGUGUAAACCACAACAUCCUCAUCACCAACAUCCCAAUUGGCUCACUCCUAUAUGGCCUUCUUGCAGCUUUGGUGUAUGAUUCCCAUGAAGGAAGCUCAAUCACCCCAGUGAGCUUGUUAAAGGAUGCAACAUUGUGCAUGGGAAGGUCAUGCUAUAGGCAGACAUUCAUAUGGUGGGGCUGUAUUUCAAUAGUAGGUUUAACUUCAAGCUUCUUGCUAUUCCUACGGACAAGGACCGCUUAUAAUCGAUUUGAGAGGAACAGAAAUCGGAAACAAGUCACAGAAUCCUCCUUACAAACCUCCUCUUAGCUUCAAAUUUUCAUAAUUUUAUAAAUGGUAACUUUUGGAAAAGCUCAUAGAUGUGGGAUUUCAUAUAAUGGUAACUUCGGGAAAAGCUUAUAGAUGUGUGGGAUUUCAAAUGAAACAUAGACGUAAGCAAUGAGUAUAUGCAUGUUAGACUGAGAAAAUAAAGAGAUUACAUGUAACAUAGUAGAAGGUAAGAUGUCAGAAAGAGAAUGUUAGAAAUUUUUUAGAUGAGUUCUAACCAUCUUUCACCCUUC